CCGGGGGGAAUUCUUGGUUGGUGUCAGCAGUCAGCUGCAAGCCAGGGAGGAGCCUGCCCAUGAGACUCACUCAUAAUCAGCAGAGCUCCUGCAGAUCGCCUCUCCAGGGCUUCGCAGCAGUCGGAUUAGGCUGAGUCCUGUGCACACACCUUCUUGGAGUUCUCCUCUCGGAACCUGACAGAAUGUCCAGCCUGGUGCCUGUCCUUUACCAGAAGGAUCUGGAGAGCAUUACUAUGAUUAGGGCAGGAUCCAGUUUUGCCCUCAAAGCCUUCCACGCACCUAGGAAUAUGGAGGUCUCCCUGAAGCUGUUGACUAGCCAGAAGGCAACAGAAAGAGAUGUGAAGGCGCUGUUGCAAGAGGUAGCCACCAUCCGAUGCCUUCAGAAUGCAAGGCUUAUGCCCCCGCUUGGCGUCUGCCAGUUCCAGGGUGUCUUUGGGGUCGUCACUGAAUGGAUGUCCAAUGGUUCUCUCUCCUUGCUCAUCCAUGAGCAUGAACUCUAUCCAGAACUGCCUUUUCCUUUAUGUGUGAGGAUCCUGACAGAUGUGGCAGAGGCCCUAAGUUAUUUACAUCAUUUGGAGCGUCCUGUCCUUCACCACAGCCUGAAGCCUUCCAACAUCCUCCUCGAUCGACAGUAUAGAGCUAAGAUAUCUGAUUAUGGCCUGGCCACCUGGAGAAAGAAGCAGCUAAGCUCUGCCUUGCAGAACUGUAGUACCAGAAGUUGCUGGGAUUUGCUCUACCUGUCCCCUGAAAUUCUCCAGGGAGGCAGCUUCUCAAAGGAAGGCAAUAUUUACAGCUUUGGAAUGGUGUGUUGGGAAAUCCUAAGCAGACAGAAGCUAUUGAAAGGCAAGAAGACCUUACUUGAAGCUGUGACGGGAGUCUGCAGCGGUGUGCGCCCUGGUAUUGAACCAGAAUUUAUACCCAAUAGCCUGCCAAAUCGAAACAAGCUGUUACAUCUCAUCAUUCUCUGCUGGCACCAGGAGACCAGUUACAGACCCCGGGCUGAAGAAUGCCAAAAAACGCUACAGGACAUUCUCGGCACAUUUAAGAAGGAAGUGAUUUCUGACGCCAUAUACAGCUUGAUCCAUGCCAAGGAUUGUGCAAUCGAUGGGGCCAAAGGGCCAGCAGCUCAUGUGCUUGAAAUGGACACACAUAAUUUGGAGGUCAUCUGUCCUCAGAACAAUAACAGACUUGACAAGAUAAUUUCUUUCAAAGCACAGAGUUUGUCAAGUAUUCACCUUGCGGGAAAGGCAGGAAAAGUUGCUCAUCAGACAACAUUGGCCAGCCACACUCCUCACAACACAGCAUUAGAAAGAGAUCAUCCAGUCUCUAGCAGUAAUGGAUCAAGCCCUCUGAAUUCCUUCCCCACUUUUCUUUUGCCUGAUCCCAGCACAGGUGGAGAAGGCAUCAUCCCAUAUCCCAGAGGAUCGGAAGAUUGGCAAAAGGGGCCCCCACAGUUAGUACGUGGACCGGAUCACACCUUAACAGGUCCUUGUUGCAAAGAGAGCAGUUGCAGCAUCUUAUCCUAUGGGCGAGAAGCCAUUUUGAGCGGCAUGACAGAAGGGCGCCUGAACCAGAUCUUGGAUGUCCUGCGUUCCCAGAGACUCUUGUCCAGAAUGGACUAUGAAACCAUCACUGCCUUCCCUACCCUGACUGGCCGGGCACGUGCUUUGCUGGAUACUUGCCUGAGACUUGGGGAAAAGGCUGCCCAGACAGUGGUGACCGUGCUGUCUGCUAGUAAAUGCAGCCCUUUGACACGAAGCAUCCUGGCCAAUGCUGUGCAUUAAGCCUACGGCUCACGGCAACGUUUGGUUCGUGUCUCUGUGAACGAGUAAUUUGCAAUGGCAUCGACAUGUGCAUUCAUGGCCUGCUGUCUCAGAUGAGAUGAGGGGUUUGCCCGGCUGCUGCCGCCCUGUGACUUUUGGUCCUCGUAAAGAAGAAACUUGAAUUCGAUUAAGGGACUGAGUCACCCACUGUCUGCAGCAAGAGCAUCGGAUUCUUCGAACAACAACCAUCAGCCAGUUGGACAUCUGAGAAGUUUGGAACUAUGAUGUGGCUGUAGGUUCUGAUGUAGGCGCCGGACAUCUUUGUUCUUCUUUGAAGAGAAUGAAUUGUGGCACCUUUGUUUUCGUACUGUGAGAGAGAGAUUUGCCAAGACCUGGCUCCUAAAAAGGGGAAGGCCCUUAAGGGCAGGGUUGUCCUCAUGUAGCAGGGAGAAAAGGCUGCUGAGGUGAGCAGAAUGUGAGGGCAAAUCGCCCCAGCAGGCCUCUUGCUGAACAGGAAAUCUCAUUAAUUGCCAAGUUUUCAGGAGGGAUUUCCAGCAAUCAGUUGAGGCGUUUGGUCAGUUUCCACAAAUAAACUGUUGCUGUCUGCACCUGCAGUGUAGGCAGCAUGAAUUCAGAGAGCUUCUGAAAGAAUGACUUUGAUCGUGCCUAAGUGGAGGAUGUUGGUACACUGUAUCCACUGAAAUUAGUCGUGGGCAUUAAUCUGACCGUGUGCAGUGGUCCAGAGAAUGAUCUGCAGGCAUGCAGACUCGCUGCUGAAGCUAAGCAAGUUUGGCCUUGGAAGCUGGAUGGAUGAGUGUUCUCUUGGGAGCUCCUCUAAGUGUUGAUUUAAAUGAUGCCUGUUUUGCUUUUGUAGUAUACAACAUUUAAAAAAUUCAGCAUGUUUUUAAAGUCAUAAUCAUUGAAUAAUAUGCAUUGCAAUGGGACUGGUCUUGUGGAACAGAGCUGGUCUUGCAGUAGCAAGCAUGAAUUGUCCCCCUUGCAAAGCAGGGACUGCCCUGGUUUGCUUGCUUGGCAUUGAUUGGAUGACUACAUGCAAGCUCUGUCUGCUAUAAAAUAUUCCCCUUAGGGCAGGCCUGCUCAACUUAGGUCCCGCCAGUUGUUUUUGGACUACAACUCCCAUAAUCCCCAGCCACAGUGACCAAUAGCCAAGGAUUAUGGGAGUUGUAGGCCUACAUCUGCAGAAGGGCCGAAGUUGAGCAGCCCUGCUUAGGGGAUGGGGCUAUAGCUCAGUGGUAGAGCAUCUGCUUUGCACGCAGAAGGUCCCAGGUUCAAUCCCCAGCAUUUCCAUGUAGUAGGGCUGAGAGAGAGACUCCUGCCUGCAGCCUUGGAGGAGCUGCUGCCAGGCAAUGCAGAUAAUACUGAGCUACAUGGACCAAUGGUCUGACUCAUUAGAAGGCAGCUUCCUAUGUUCAAAUACUUUAGCUUUUGUUUUGCAUCAUCCUCGCAAGGUUAUUCAUGUUCUCAUUUUGCGGUCACCAAAACUGAGUAUAAGUAACAUUGUCAAGGCCACUCAACCCUCGCCCAUGGCAGAGUCCCACACAUUCUACCCACCAGACCACGUCAGCUCUCAUCUUGGAGAGGAGAGCUGGUCUUGUGGUAGCAAGCAUGACUUGUCCCCUUAGCUAAGCAGGGUCUGCCCUGGUUGCAUAUGGAUGGGAGACAUGAUGUGUGAGCACUGCAAGAUAUUCCCCUCAGGAGAUGAAGCCACUCUGGGAAGAGCAGAAGGUUUCAACUUCCCUCCCUGGCUUCUCCAAGAUAGGGCUGAGAGAGAUUCCUGCCUGCAACCUUGGAGAAGCUGCUACCAGUCUGUGAAGACAAUACUGAGCUAGAUAGACCAAUGGUCUGACUCAGUAUAUGGCAGUUUCCUAUGUUCCUGUCUUGGACAAUGGGUGAAAAAACAGGGUUGAGUCCACAGAGCACGCUCCUUGGCUGCUUCCCAUCAUGGUGGAAGGAAUGGGAAAGAGUUGACUGGAGACUGUUCAGGGCACCUGUGUUGAGGCGAAGCAGCCUUGGGUUGGUUUAGCCAAGGGGUUCUCAAACCUGAGUCUCCCUGCAAUGGGAGUGAUAGUCCAACCACAUCUGGAGACCUACAUCUGAGAACUGCUUUAGCCCAAGAAUAAUGUUUGUGCCUAGUCUGCUGAUGCUACAUAAAGCAUUUGUUUUGCAAGCAGAUACGUCACCAAGAGGGCAUCUGUCUGCUUUGUCUAAUUUUGUGGGGCGAACAAAGGAACACAACUCUGUAUCUUGCAGCCACUGCCAAGGCCACAUUUGAGGAUAUUAGAAGAUUCACUGUCAUGCAAGUAUUAUUUGAAUGUCCAAGCAUUAAGAUGUUUCCGUUAGAGAUCAUCUUUGUAAACAAGCACUGUUUAAAUGAAAGGGUGUCACACAAGUCCAUUCCUUUUGCAAUCCGCAUGCAUUUCAGUGCAUCAGGAGCCAUUAAAACUGGAUUUGAAUCCAUUGUUGGAUGAGAAUGUAUCAGAAGAUUGACUCAGGCAUACAGCUUAUAGUUUGGCCAUUGAUUGAUUAAGUGCCGUCAACUCUUAGCGACCACAUAGAUAGAUGUGUAAGAUGGUAAGAAAGGUUGGCCGUAGGCCAUAAUAAAUCCUUGGUGAGCACAUAGACAGAAUAUAAUGAUUAGAAUUGUCACGGAAAUGAGUAAAUGCAUAAUAAAAGUACUGUUUAAUGCACUUUUUUCCCCUUUUGCAAUGGUUUAACCCCACUUUUAAAGGGUAAAAGUAAACUUACUUUUUCAACAGAUUCUAGCAAACUGUAUAAUCUUUUGUUUGUUUUUAAGACUAGAGCUAUAUACCGUCUUUUCACAAUGAGUGCACAGUGCGGCUGGCCAAAGUGUUUGCUUACAUCAGUUCAGGAAAUGGGGGUUUCAAACCCUCUGCAGCUGUUUCUGGGGCGAGGCAUGAAAGUUCAACCCAUCAUAUCUGGAUAACCUAAAUUAGAUGUGCAGGGUGGAAGGCAGGAUAAUUCAGUCUUAAAUUCAUAUAUUUAAGGCAAAUUCAAAUAAAUUCGGUCAAGGGCAGAACAAAUGAUAAGCAGCUGUAUCAGAAAAAUUUCUGAUACAGAAAUAUCUGAAACAGAAAGGAGUGAGUGAGUGGCAGGCAGAGAAAACUGGCCAGGGCGCUUUUCAGCUGCAAGGUGUGUGAGGCUUUUAGUGUAAGGCUUUACUGUGAGUCUGAAGUUGCCCCAAAAAACAGACACAAAAAGUGGAUUUUUUUUUUUUUUUUAACCCUGGAUAUAAAUUGGGCUAGGCGCUAACAGGCAAUGAAAAACCUGAAUCGUGUGUGAAGUGUUCCCUGAUAGCUCGCAGGGACUUAUAUAGGGUAAAUCUGUCUGAUAUGUGAAUGCACAUCCUCCAUUCCAGAGGAGAUGCAAGCUAAAAGCCCCAUGUGAAAAACACCCAGGAGAUUUCAGACAGAAUCCCCAUCGCAGAACAAAAUAACAUGUAUAUUACCAGUGUUUUUCAACAAACAUUCCCAACGUGGUCUACAUAGGUAUAAAUUAAUAAAAUAGCUCCCUGUCCUCAAAGGGCUCACAAUUCUAAACAACAGCAACAAACAUAAGAUAGACACCAGCAACAGCUACUGUAGGGAUGCUGUGCUGGGGAUGGAUAGGGCCAGUUGCUCUCCCCCUGCAAAAUAAAGAGAAUCACCACUUUUUAAAGGUGCCUUUUAACUCAGUUUACAUUUCUCACUUUAAAUUUUAGCUAGAAGUGUGCUACUGUACCUGUGUUCAACAUAACUUGUGAAGAGCUGUACUUGUGGACAAAUCUGUAUCUGUGUACACUGUUCGCUCAUUGUACGAGUGUUGAACAUGAUGUGUUCACAUUAUGAACCUACUACUGUACCUAAGAAGAAUGGUACAGUGGGGAAAUGACUUAAUUAUCAAGCCAGAGGUUGCCAGUUUGAAUCCCUGCUGGCUGGGAUGUUUCCAUAUUGGGAUGUUUCCAUAUUGGGCAGUAGCAAUAUAGGAAGAUGCUGAAAGGCAUCAUUUCAGACUGCGCGGGAGGAGGCAAUGGUCAACCCUUCCUGUAUUCUACCAAAGACAACCACAGGGCUCUGUGGGUGCCAGGAGUUGACACCGACUCGACGGCACACUUGACCUUUCUACUGUACCUAAUCCCAUUAACCCUCAGCAAUAACAUGGUGAAAGGAUUGAAGAAUACUGGUAGUAUAUUAUCAGUACUGGGGCAGCCUGUAAACUGAGACGGGAACAACUGAGUAGUUGUAACUGAGAUUUUUGUAUAACCUGAUGUUUUGUUAUCUAGUUUUAUUGUUUUGAUUUUGUUCUGUUUUAUGCUGAUUUAUAUUUUGGUGUGUAUGUUGACUGGUCAUUGACCGUAAUAAAUUAUUACUUACUUACUGAA